AUGGCCCAGCAUCGACGGCGUCGUCUGAAGAGACUUGGAAGGGGAGCACACUCAACUUACGCGGGAGUGUACGUACGCCGUUCUUGGCGAGGCCGGGUUUCCCGAGUAGAUGUCGUUCAGGGCUGCACCAGCGGAAUCUCGACCCCCUGGUACGGCCUAUUUCGAAGACUCCUGGGCGAAGCCUCCGCCAAGACGGUUACGUAA